CUCAACGUCGCCCUAUUCUCCCUGUCCACGCACACUCCGAGUUUCGAGCGCGACGGCAAUAAAUCCGUCCGGGAAUUGAUAGCUUGCGACAGCCACCAUGGCGGCACCGGUACCCGUCAGCGAGGUGAAGAGCAAUACGCGCGAGAACAGGACAGCUGCGCACUCGCAUAUCAAGGGAUUGGGUCUGAAAGGGCCUGAUGGUCAUGCAGAUCCUUCGGGUGGAGGGUUCAUCGGGCAGGCCGCAGCUCGAGAGGCAUGUGGUUUGGUCGUCGACCUCGUGAAGCAAAAGAAGAUGUCAGGAAGAGCAGUUCUGCUGGCUGGAGGACCGGGGACGGGCAAGACCGCGCUUGCGCUGGCGGUCAGCCAGGAGCUGGGGACGAAAGUGCCCUUCUGCCCCAUCGUUGGCAGCGAGAUAUACUCAGCGGAGGUGAAGAAGACGGAGGCGCUUAUGGAGAAUUUUCGGAGAGCGAUAGGCCUCCGUGUCAAGGAAACCAAAGAAGUCUACGAAGGCGAGGUGACUGAGCUCACGCCUGAGGAAGCAGAGAACCCGCUAGGUGGCUACGGGCGCACGAUAUCGCAUCUUCUCAUCACCCUUAAAUCCGCCAGAGGAACGAAGAAGCUACGGCUCGAUCCAUCGAUAUAUGAAGCCAUACAGAAGGAGCGCGUCCGCCUCGGAGAUGUCGUCUACAUCGAAGCCAACACGGGCGCCGUGAAGCGCGUAGGGCGUUCAGACGCAUAUGCCACGGAGUUCGAUCUAGAGGCGGAGGAGUAUGUACCGAUACCCAAGGGCGAUGUGCACAAGAAGAAGGAGAUUGUGCAGGAUGUCACCCUGCAUGACCUCGACGUUGCGAAUGCAAGGCCACAAGGCGGACAGGACAUCAUGAGCAUGAUGGGCCAGCUUAUGAAGCCGAAGAAGACGGAGAUCACGGAGAAGCUGCGGUUAGAGAUCAACAAGGUGGUCAGCAAGUAUAUUGACCAGGGCGUCGCAGACUUAGUACCAGGUGUGCUAUUCAUCGACGAGGUCCACAUGCUCGAUCUUGAAGCCUUCACGUUCCUCAAUCGCGCCCUAGAGUCUCCGCUAUCACCUCUCGUCAUCCUAGCUUCGAACCGUGGCCUCACUCAUGUCCGUGGCGCACCAAACCUCCCACCAUCGGCACACGGCAUUCCCCCAGAUCUUCUUGCCCGCCUUCUAAUCAUUCCGACGCACCCCUACACCCCGUCGGAAAUCAAAUCCAUCAUUAAGACUCGAUCAAGGACAGAAGGCCUCAGUCUGGCACCGGCCGCUCUCGACAAGGUCAGCCAGCUUGGCGAAAAGGUCAGCUUGCGCUACGCGCUACAGCUGCUUGCUCCCGCAAGUAUUUUGGCCAAGGUUAGCGGACGGCAGGGCGGCACUAUCGAGGUGGACGACGUCAACGAAUGCGAGGGAUUGUUCUUGGAUGCGAGGAGGAGCGCACAGAACCUCGCAUCAACGAAUGGGUUUAUUGUAUAGGCGCUUGUGGAAGGGUCUGUACGAUAGGUCGGCGUUGGAGGCAAGGGCUGGCGUGCGUCGGGUACGGAUAUCUUUCAACGGGACUAUGUGACGGCACAAAGAACGGAAUCAAAACUGAGUAAUCUU